AUGGUGACUCUCUCGCGAUCCGCUGCCUCGCAGCAGGCUCCGGGGUCUGGUGUCGUUCGACAGCCGCGAAACCUUGACCCCUCACAACACCCUUUCGAACGUGCUCGUGAAUACACAAGAGCACUCAAUGCCGUCAAGAUGGAGCGUCUUUUUGCUGCUCCCUUCUUAGGCCAAAUGGGUGAGGGACACGUUGACGGGGUAUACACCAUGGCUAAAGACCCUGGUUCUCUACAACGGUUUGCCAGCGGCAGUGGUGAUGGUGUGGUCAAGGUGUGGGAUUUGACAACCCGUGGGGAGGUCUGGAACACCCAGGCACAUGAAAAUAUCGUCAAGGGCGUGUGUUGGACCCCAGAGCGGAAACUACUCUCGUGCGCCGCCGAUAAAACCAUUAAGCUGUUUGAUCCUUAUAACUCUUCAUCGGACUCUCCACCUCUUGCAACAUAUCUAGGCCAGGGCGCCUUUACCAGCCUCACACAUCAUCGAAAUCUUCCUUAUUUCGCUGCGUCUUCCUCUCAAAUCUCAAUCUAUGAUCUUUCCCGGCCUUCUUCCACUCCGUCCCAGACUCUUCACUGGCCCACCAGCGUUGAUACGAUCACGGCUGUCGCCUUCAACCAAACCGAGACAUCUAUUCUUGCGUCGACUGCAAUUGACCGCUCGAUCAUCCUAUACGACCUACGUACCUCAUCGCCCCUCUCCAAACUCGUCCUAAAAUUAGCAUCCAACGCUAUUUCAUGGAAUCCCAUGGAAGCAUUCAACUUUGCCGUUGCCAACGAGGACCACAACGUCUACAUGUUCGACAUGAGGAAGAUGGAUCGCGCUUUGAACGUGCUGAAAGAUCACGUUGCCGCCGUUAUGGAUGUGGACUUUAGCCCUACUGGUGAAGAGCUCGUCACUGCGUCGUACGAUAAGACGGUACGUCUGUGGAACCGGGCAACUGGUCAUUCUCGUGACAUUUAUCACACACAGCGGAUGCAACGUGUCUUCUCUGCUAAAUUCACACCCGAUAACAAGUAUAUCCUCUCUGGUUCGGAUGACGGAAACAUUCGCCUGUGGCGUGCCAAUGCAUCGGAGCGGAGUGGAAUCAAGAGUGCUCGCCAGAGGACAAAACUUGAAUAUGACCAGGCCCUGAUAAAGAGAUACUCGCACAUGCCUGAUAUCAAACGGAUCAAACGCCAGCGUCAUGUGCCACGAACUAUUAAGAAGGCUCGUGAAAUUAAGAGAGAGGAGCUCUCGGCUAUUAAGAGGCGUGAGGAGAAUGUUCGGAAGCAUAGCAAGAAGAGUACUCUGGCGCCACGACAGAGCGAGCGCGCGAAGAUGAUCUUGACAAACGAAAAAUAG